AUGCCCGAUGUUUUCUGCACCACAGCCUGCGACUUCUUAUGGGAACCGGCUUAUCAUGGGGAGUUAAGUGAAGGCUGGCAGCCGAAGACUCACAGUCAGGAACUGCAGUAUAUCAUACGGGAAAUUGCAGGCCAAACCCAAGUCCAUGUCUUCAAGGGCAGUGAUUGUCUGGAAUCAUACAAGGUGGAAGAAAACACAGGUGACUACGUGCCGAAGGUCAAGGAUGGUGAAAGGCACAUGUUCAGAUAUCUCUCCCAGUUGGAGUCUGUUUUCAAAGAGGCAGGCGUCGAUAUUGGAAUGCCAAUCAGAAAAGAGGAGGAUCCAGUUAUCAAGCUCACUGACAUCGAACAUUGUGAACAAGCCUUAAACUGGCGGAAAUCCAUCCGGGAAUUUAAGCUGGAUGACAAACUGGGAGAAGGCUACUUCGGAAAAGUUCGAGUUGGAGAAUGCGAUGGCAAGAAGGUCGCAGUAAAAGAGGUUACUCAGAACUCCGAAAUAUCCGUCACUGGAUUUAUGGAGGUGGCCGUAAUGCUCGACUUAAAUCACGCAAAUCUCGUUCGGCUGUGUGGCUGGGAUUUUCAAGAUCAAAAGCUCUAUAUCAUUACUGAACUUGUACACGGUGAAACACUAUGCUCCUAUGUUCAAAAGGCAAAGAAGAAGGAUCUAGAGAAUCUGGGUCUGGAAAACAUAGUGCUGGGCAUUGCCCGCGGUUUGAAAUACCUGCAGGCUCGGAAGUUAGUUCAUCGAGAUCUGGCUGCGAGAAAUAUCUUCCUGGAUGAUGGCAAGACACCAAAGAUCGGUGACUUUGGACUCUGUCGAAGGGAGGGUUCAUGCUAUCCUUGUGGAGAGGUGCCAGUAAAGUGGUCGGCACCAGAGGUUUUAAAGAACAAAGAAAACUACAGCACGAAAUCGGACAUCUGGUCCUACGGUAUUGUCCUCUGGGAGGCAUACAGUCUCGGGCACGUACCCUUCUUUAAUGUACCCAAUAACAAGCUGAGCGAUGAAUUGCAGAAGGCCUUCAAGGCGAAAAAGUGUCCACUUUACUUCCCCGAAAAAACUCCUAAAGCGGUCAAGGCGAGAGCCUCUAUCUCCUCCAUCUUUGCGUCAAAGAGGGCCUCUACCUCCCUCAUCUUCGCCUACGAAAGAUCCUCUAACUCCUUCAUCUUUGCCUACGAGAGAUCCUCUACCUCCUUCAUCUUCGCCUACGAAAGAUUCUCUUACUUCAACACCUUUGCCCUCGAGUGA